AAUGCACGGCAACGAUGUUUCCGAGUGUAGCAGGGCACGAGCCCAUUCAGCCACACUGGGUACACUGUACACUGUAUGUACAUUGUUUCGUACUUCGCCUGUGACAUGCUGUCAUUUAUAACUAUACACGUGGUGGAGGUACAGUUUUAAGCAACGUGAAUGCAUUUAUGAAUGUUGUUAUUAUAAUUUCAAUUGUAUAGAGAAAAAUGACUUACAAACUUUCGGUCAACUCUAGAAAUCCGCCGACAGACACCUUGAUAGUAGUAGAAUUAAUUAAUUCUGAAAGCAAGAGUAAAAUCGAUGUACUUUGGCGCGAUGAUUGGACGAAGAAGGAAAAUGUUCAAUUAAUGGAUAGUCAGAAUAAAGUGUUAGCAGAAACAAGUAAUGAAGUAGGUCGUUAUUUUGCUAGAACUACACACAUAAAUUUAUAUGGAGGUACCGAUCCUCUUGAAAAAACUAAAGUCGAUCAUUGGCUAUCCUUCGUGAUUGGUUCUUACGGACGCGGUCCAUUAAAAGAGGAUCUGCUACGUUAUUUGGAUAAUAUAUUGAUGGCAACCACUUGGUUGGUUUCUAAAAAGUUGACGUUAGCCGAUAUCUCUGUAUUCUGUAUGCUUUUGAAUAACGAAUUUGUAACAAAGUUUGAGAGACAAUUUGUUAAUAUAAACAGAUGGUACAGGCAAAUACUUUCGCUGCCUGCUGUCGCAGAGGUAUUAUCGUCGAUUAAGAAGAAUACAAAAAUGAUCGUUGUUAACAAUGUGCAAUCUGAAAAAGCUACUAAGAGACAAACUGGCCAAAGAAAACAGGAAGGUAAAUUCAUUGAUUUGCCUGGAGCAGAAAUGGGAAAAGUUGUAGUACGUUUUCCACCAGAAGCAAGUGGAUUUCUGCACAUUGGUCAUGCUAAAGCAGCUUUGUUAAAUCAGUAUUACGCGGAUACCUUCAAAGGACUACUUAUUAUGAGAUUCGACGAUACAAAUCCUGCAAAAGAAACUCUAGAAUUCGAGAAAGCUAUUCUGGAAGAUUUAGAGUUAUUAAAAAUUAAACCUGAUCGAUUUACACAUUCGUCCGAUUAUUUUGACUUGAUGUUGGAGUAUUGUACUAAAUUAAUAAACGAGGGAAAAGCAUAUGUGGAUGAUACUCCUGCUAAUAUAAUGAAAGAACAACGUGAUCAAAAAUUAAUGUCAUCGAAUAGAAAUAAUUCAAUAGAGAAGAAUCUUCAACUAUGGAACCAGAUGCAACAAGGGACUGCAAAGGGAGAAGAAUGUUGCGUUAGAGCAAAAAUUGAUUAUGAAUCGGCAAAUGGAUGUUUACGAGAUCCAACGAUAUAUAGGUGUAAACCAGAGCCUCAUCCUCGAACUGGAACAAAAUACAAAGUCUAUCCAACGUAUGAUUUCGCUUGUCCCAUCGUCGAUGCUAUAGAAAAUGUUAGCCACACUUUACGUACAACGGAAUACCAUGACAGGGACGUCCAAUUUUAUUGGAUAAUUGAUGCUCUAGGUUUGAGACGUCCUUAUAUAUGGGAGUACUCACGUCUGAAUAUGACCAACACUGUACUUUCGAAACGAAAAUUAACAUGGUUCGUUGACGAAGGUCUCGUUGACGGAUGGGAUGAUCCGCGUUUUCCCACAGUAAGGGGUAUUUUAAGAAGGGGAAUGACUGUCGAAGGGUUGAAGCAAUUUAUAAUUGCUCAAGGGAGUUCUAGAUCUGUUGUUUUCAUGGAAUGGGACAAAAUAUGGGCAUUUAACAAGAAGGUUAUCGAUCCGAUUGCUAUCAGGUAUACUACUUUAGAUUAUGAUAAGCUUAUACCAGUCCAUAUAGACAACGUGAAGGAAGAGUGGCUAACAGUUCAGAAUCAUCCAAAAGAUCCUUCUAAAGGUAACAAACAGGUAUUCACGAGUUCAUUGGUGUACAUAGAGAAAGACGAUGCAGAUGUGUUGGUUGAAAAUCAAAAUGCGACAUUCAUCAAUUGGGGUAAUAUAUUAAUAAGAAAACUUGAAAGAGAUAGUACAGGCGUUAAAAAAGUACUAGCGCAAUUAAAUUUGGAGAACAAAGAAUACAAGAAUACAUUGAAGAUAACGUGGCUAUCGGUACCGUCGCAUAACAGCGACAAUGAUAUUAGUAAAACUAGUCCAAUACCGUGCUACGCUGUGUAUUUCGACCAUAUCAUAAGCAAGCCAGUUUUGGCAAAGGAUGACGACUACAAAAAUUUCAUUGCUAAAGACACAAGAAUCGAGAUACAAAUGAUUGGCGAACCGGAAUUGAAGCGCGUGAAGAAAGGAGAAAUUAUUCAAUUGCAGAGGAAAGGAUUUUUCAUAUGCGAUGUAUCUUACGCACUCGCUAGUCCAUUCUCUUCCAGGGAACAACCUCUGAUUUUGUUUCAUAUACCGGAUGGACACAGCACCAAUACAACAAAAGCUGCAUCUUCUGCACCAACAAAUACGGUUAAAGGAUUGUUGCAGAAACAUGAAUUUGUGCAGAAUGCCGACACGAUUAUUGAGAAAAUUGUUGCUCAAGGUAAUAGAGUGCGUAACUUAAAAUCUCAAAAAGCAGAUAAAGCUUUAAUCGAUACAGAGGUGAAGGUACUUCUAGACUUAAAAGUCGAAUAUAAAGCGUGUACUGGGAAAGAUUGGAAGCCAGAAAUAGCUCCAAACAAGCCAUCGCAAGCAUUUCUUAACACGAAUCAAACUACAUUGACUAAUGAUAUUACCCAACAAGAAAGUAAAAUCCAUGAAUUAUUGAUCAAAGUAAAUGAGGAAAAGCAACGACUUUCUUCUUUGAGAGCAGAAUACAAAGAUAAAGUGGGUAUCGAUUGGACGGGUACAUUUGCCAAAAAUACAAAAGAGUUGAAUGUUGAUCAACUGUCAGUGAAUAUACAGAAACAGGGAGACAAAAUAAGGCAGUUGAAAUCAACCAAGGCAGACAAGAGUGUCAUUGAUCAAGAAGUAAAAUUACUACUCAAACUGAAGGCAGAUUACAAAGAUGCAACUAAUAAGCAAUGGCAACUACCCAUCGCUGUAGCAAAUACGACAGAUUCUAAUAUUGAUCAAUUAUCGGAGAAUGUACAAAUACAAGGAGAUAGAGUGAGGCAAUUGAAAGCUUCGAAAGUAGAGAAAAACGUAAUCGAUCAAGAAGUAAAGUUACUUCUUAAAUUAAAAGCUGAUUACAAGACUGCGACUGGCCAAGAAUGGAAAUCAGUCGCUACUACAACUGGUACUAUCGCAGAUAAAGGCGAAUCUGCUAAUGCUGUUGCUCUAAAUUCGAAAGAUGUACAAAAGCAAGGAGACGAAGUAAAACAGUGGAAAGUGUGGGGAGCAAGGGAAACCGUCCUCGGAAAAAAGGAGAAACAACUUACUGCUACUCCACCAUUGGAUGUCGAUAACGAGGAAAAGCCAAAAAUUGAACAGCUCUCGAAAAAUAUAGAAAAACAGGGAGAUAAAGCGUCGGAUAAACCAAAUGCGAGCUUGAAAAAGGCAUCUUAUAUCCCCAAGACUAAGAAACAAAAGAAUAUUGCUAGCGAAGGUGCAAAAGAUGCGGAUAAUGGAAAAACUGGAACUCGAUUGGGAAUGGAAGUGAAAAAGGAAGAAAAUUUUUUCGAGUGGUACUCUCAAAUUAUCACUAAAAGUGGGAUGAUCGAGUAUUACGACGUGUCCGGUUGCUACGUCCUUCGUCCAUGGAGUUUCACCAUAUGGAGAAUGAUAAAAGAUUACAUGGACAAGGAAAUAACAAAAUUGGGAGUUCAAGAAUGCUACUUUCCAAUUUUUGUGUCACGAUCGGUAUUGGAAAAAGAAAAGACGCACAUAGCAGACUUUGCACCGGAAGUUGCGUGGGUUACAAAGUGUGGGGAAUCGGAUUUAGCGGAACCAAUUGCUAUCAGACCAACAUCGGAAACUAUAAUGUAUCCAGCCUACGCCAAGUGGUUGAAGUCCGAUACUGAACUUCCCUUGAGACUGAAUCAGUGGAACAACGUGGUGAGAUGGGAAUUCAAAGAUCCGAAACCUUUCUUACGUACAAGAGAAUUUCUUUGGCAGGAAGGUCAUUCUGCUUUUGCUACCAAAGCCGAGGCGGAUGAGGAAGUAUAUACAAUAUUGGAUUUGUAUGUCAGAGUAUACGAAGAUUUAUUAGCGGUCCCUGUUGUUAAAGGCCGUAAAACAGAAAAAGAGAAGUUUGCCGGUGGGGAUUACACUACCACGGUUGAAGCUUUUAUUUCAACGAGUGGUCGUGCUAUACAAGGAGCAACUAGUCACCAUUUGGGGCAGAACUUUUCGAAAAUGUUUAACAUUCAAGUGGAGGGUGCGACAGAAGUGGAUGAGAAGUCGUUCGUUUAUCAGAAUUCAUGGGGCUUAACUACUAGAACAAUAGGUGUUAUGAUAAUGGUUCAUGGCGACGAUAAAGGUUUGGUACUCCCACCAAAUGUAGCCUGUAUUCAAGUUAUCAUAGUACCUUGUGGUAUUACAGCUAAUACAACGUCGGAACAGCGAGAACAUUUAUUCGCUGAAUGUAAUAAGUUGUUGGAUGAGUUGUCAAAAGAUAAAACUCUUCGCGUGAAAGCCGAUUAUCGUAAUAAUCGUACUCCAGGUUGGAAAUUUAAUCAUUGGGAGUUGAAAGGAGUACCAGUUAGGAUCGAAUUAGGUCCCAAGGACUUGGAAAAGGAUCAAGUGACACUCGUACGUAGAGACACUUGCAAGAAAAUAGUUGCAAAGAGGCCCAGGGUACUUUCUACGUUAGACAUUAUAUUGGCCGACAUACAAUCAAACAUGCUUGAAAGAGCCAGGAAGAACUUGAACGAACAUAUUAAACGUGUUGAAAACUGGAAUGAUUUUUGUUUGGAACUAAAUAAAAAGAAUAUACUAUUGUCGCCAUUUUGCGGUGAACCAUCUUGCGAGGAUAAUAUUAAAGCUGGUAGCGCACGCGAGAACACGGAGGAAGAGCCUGGAGCGCUUUCAAUGGGCGCUAAAAGCCUUUGUAUACCAUUCGAACAGCCAGUCUCGACUGAUGUUCUUGCUAAACAAACAUGUAUCUAUCCUAGUUGCCAGACUAAACCGAAAUUUUAUACACUGUUUGGUCGCAGUUAUUAAAAUGUUUUUAUAAAGAAGAUUCCCGGCAAUUGUCUCUCAAAGCAUUUUAAGGACACCUGUGUUUUCUACAAUUUUGUGUAUGUUAUUAAUAGCAGUUCUAUUGUAUCAUAUUAACAUAAAUACAUAUUCAUCGCUUGAAUUCUACUUCUA